AUGGCCGAGUCCAGGGCAGCGGAGGACGCGGAUUCACGGUCGAUCGGUGCAAAGUGGAACCAAACGGAGGGAAUGGAAAGCGAGACGGGCGAUGGGCACGUCUGGCAGGGAACGGCCGACCACGGGAAGGUGCUUUCGCGACGAAAACGAUUCGUGGUGUUUCCGGAAGGGUCCAGCUUUUCCGUAGCCGUGUGCAUGACGAUCGGUUUGUACGGCAAUCCCAACUACCAGUUCGUCAGCUGGGCCUUGAAUUGGGGCAUCGCUUACAACCUGCCGAAUCAAACGGUGAGCUUUCAGAAGGAAAUGACAGAACCAAAGCCAAUGGUGCAGCGGAGAUACCGGCGGGAUCUCUACCAGAAGCUGGAAGUGAUCAUGGACAGCAUGGGCUACGAUGGUCGAGAUUGCAUCUUGCGUGCGCUUUGUGAAAGCUCGCAGUACUUCGGGGGCAAGGGCAGCAACAUGAUUGCGGAGAUGCUGCGCACCCUGUUCAGCUACCCGAAGCAGAAGGUACUCUCCUUCGAACACGCCGACCAUCGGCUGUACGACGAGGCGCACCGGAAGGGCAAAAACCUGGCACCCUGCCAGUCGCUGUAUGGCAACUGCAAGUUCUCACUGUUAGAGCUCGCGCUUGGCAAAUACUCGACACCGCAUGGAUUUAUGUAG